AUGGAGAACUUUGAAAACAUUGAAAAUGUGUGGCCCGACCUCCAAAGUGAGCCGCCGUCGCCGUUGCCCACUUGUCCGUCUCCCGAAUUGCCUCCGGCGCAUAACGCUUCCCAUGCUCCUCGAGAGCUGACGCCGCCUCCACGGACUGACUAUGUCCGCCGAAGUAUCGAGACUUCAGCAGCGGGAAGCCAUAAUUUGGCCGAACCAGACGCCAAUGCAAAUGCGAUUGAGAUUGAGAUGUUGCCGGACCUUGUGAGCGGUGCGUCCAUGUUUGCCGAAAUUCCGGAUAGUCAAGACCCUGGGUCAGAAUUCACUGUCGUCGUGCGCGACUCAGUGGAAAUUCCGGAUAGCGAGGACCCAGGGUCAGAACUCUCCGCGUUUGACAGCCCCCCAGGAGAAAUCUCAGAUAUCCUGACCCAUGUGACGGAUGUUGUCACCAUGGGCGACUCGACAUCGGAAAUUGAACACACUCAAGUGUCCAUAAUACCAGUUUUACAACAUCCUUCCAUUAUGAAGGGAACAGAGGCCAAUGAUGAAAGCAGUGAUGAUACCGAAAGCGUGAAAAGUGUAAUAUUUGUGAAGCCGUGUGAAGAACGCAAUUGUGAAAAGUGCGCUGGGAACUUUACAGUUUCAUAA